UAUUUUUACUUCUAUCAGAAAUUCAAUCGAACUCGACUCAAAUUUUCCAAACCGAUUUUGAAUUCUUUUCGAAUUAAUCUGGAGCAAGUCGCGAGUACCUUUUCACCUCUAAUUUUAACCAACCCAUCUUACUUUGUGGUUUUCGGCGGCCAUAAUUUAUGGCUCGUACGGUGCUAGACCACAGAGACAGAGCAUCCCAAACUUAAAUACUUGUACCGACAAUUAUUCCUACACAUAUAUCUUGUUCAAAUCCCAAGAAUUCAUCUAGAAGCAAAAAUAAUGGAUAUGGUAGAAGCAUACAAGCCAGUAAUAACUAUGAUUUUCGUACAAUCUGUAUAUGCAGCGCUCAAUCUCUUCAGUAAAGCUGUGUUCUUACAAGGACUGAGUCCAAAGGUGUUUGUUGUUUACAAGCAUGCAAUUGCAACUUUGCUCAUGGCUUCUCUCUCGUUUCUUUCAGCAAGGAGAAGUUCUUCUUUGGGAUUGAAGGGUUUUUCUUGGAUUUUUCUUGCCUCUCUUUUUGGGAUAGCAGUGUACCAAAAUGCCUAUUUUGAAGGACUAAAUCUGGCCUCUCCUACUGCAGCUGGUGCAAUUCCUAAUAUAACCCCUGCCAUCACAUUCCUUUUGUCAGCCAUAUUAAGGCUGGAGAAAGUAAAUAUCAGAAGCUUAAGAAGUAUAGCGAAGAUUAGUGGUACAAUCUUGUGUAUAAGUGGAGCCAUUUGCAUGGCUUUACUCAAAGGCCCUGAACUGUUAAAUUCAGAAUUACUGUUAAUCAAUCCUGAAGGUAGCAAUUGGGUGUUGGGAUGCCUACUUCUCACUGGAGGCUGUUGUUUCUGGUCGCUUUGGCUUAUUAUUCAAGUCCCGAUUUCAGUCAUCUGUCAUGAUCACUUGUAUUCAACUGCCUGGAUGUGUUUUUUGGGUACAAUAGAAUGUGCAGCAUUUACUCUUUUUGUGGAGAAAGAUGCUGCAGUUUGGAAUUUGAAUUCAUAUCUUGAAAUGGGUGUUUGUUUAUUUGGGGGAGUAGCAGUGGCUGUGUCAUUUUUCCUUCAAACAUGGUGCAUUUCUAAAAGAGGGCCUCUCUUUUCUGCAAUGUUCAAUCCUUUGUGCACUGUUAUAGUAGCAAUAUCAUCUGCUAUAUUUCUUCAUGAGCAGACAUAUUUGGGGAGCUUGAUUGGUGCAUUAGCUGUGAUAAUUGGUUUAUAUGUUGUGCUAUGGGGUAAAGCGAAAGACCAUGAAGAAAUUCAGAAGAAUAUGCUUGUGAAGCAACAAAAUGAUGAGUCGAGAAUCGUACGAGCGAUUGUCGAUGAUUCUCUACAAAAGAAGAAGAAUCAUAAUGCCGAAUUGGAAGAACUACUUCUUUCAUAGAACUCAUGUUGAUCAAGAAUGUAAUACCAUCCCUUAAGUGUAAUUAAGAAUACAAUAAAACAUACCACACAAUGUUCUUCUAGAUAAAAAAGGAAAAGAAAUAUGUUUUGAAAAAAAUGUUAUUCAUGAGAUUUUUAUUUUGGCCAAA